GUGGCUGAAAGAGAUCAGUCCUAACCUGCCCAGCAGGAAUAACGGUCCUCCCUCCAUCUAAGGCUUAUCAUCGUCUCGCAAGGAUCCGCUUUUCUCCAACUUGCUCUUAAAAAAACACCGCAGUCCAACAUAAACAACCAGAUACAUACGGAGCCGAUCCGAGCCGAGCCGAGCCGAGCCACGGAGCCGAGCCCAUGCGAGCCGCCUGCCAUCCGAUCCACGCUUAUCAAUGAAGCAGCAGAUCAUGGCGGAUGGCCCCAGGUGUAAGAGGCGAAAACAAGCCAACCCCAGAAGGAAAAACGCAGUGCUGAACUACGAGAAUGUGGUGGAGACGGGCUCGGAGACGGACGAGGACGACAGGCCGCUGGUCCCUGAGGAAGACAGCCUCUUCAAUGGAGACAGCAGCCCAGCAGGCCUAGCCCACCCCGAGGCCUCGCCCCAUGCCGGCCACGCCCCUUCGCACAGGGACGACGAGGACGAAGACGCCAGGGAUGGCAGGGCGGAGCUCCCCUGGCAUGACAGCGAUGUCCUGCAGGUCUCACUCGAUGGUACCGAUGAUAUGAAGGAUGAUUACGGCCCCAUGGAGACUGAAGAGCCCGUACGGGAAGUAGGAAAUGGUACAGUAAAGAGCGCCGACUGCCCUCCGGACUUUGACGACUUCUUUGUCAAGCGGAAGCUAGAGGACAGCGAGAGCCACGUAGUCAGCAUCGCUGAGUACCUGCAGCGGGGCGACACGGCCAUCAUUUACCCAGAAGCCCCUGAGGAACUGUCUCGCCUGGGCACACCCGAGGCCAAUGGGCUGGAGGAAAACGACCUGCCACCUGGAACUCCAGAUGCUUUUGCCCAACUGUUGACGUGCCCCUACUGCGACCGCGGUUACAAGCGGCUGACGUCGCUGAAGGAGCACAUCAAGUACCGGCACGAGAAGAACGAGGAGAGCUUCUCCUGCCCCCUGUGUAGUUACACGUUCGCCUACCGCACCCAGCUGGAGCGGCACAUGGUCACGCACAAGCCAGCCCGCGACCAGCACCAACUGCUGAAUCCGGGAGCUGGCAACCGCAAGUUCAAGUGCACAGAAUGUGGAAAGGCCUUCAAAUACAAACACCAUCUGAAGGAGCACCUGCGGAUCCACAGCGGCGAGAAGCCAUAUGAAUGCUCCAACUGCAAGAAGCGCUUCUCCCAUUCCGGCUCCUACAGCUCCCAUAUCAGCAGCAAGAAGUGCAUCGGCCUCAUUGCUGUCAACGGGCGUGUGCGCAGCGGCGCCAAGGCUGGCUCCUCGCCGACGUCGGCAUCCUCCUCACCCACUAACUCAGCCAUCACACAGCUGAGGCACAAGCUGGAGAACGGCAAGCCACUCGGGCUUCCGGACCAGCCGGCCCACAUGAACAUAAAGAUGGAGCCACAGGACUUCAGUGACUAUAAGCUUAUGAUGGCCUCUCAUGGGUUUGGAGGCCCCGGGCCCUUCAUGAAUGGAGGGAUUGGGGGAGGCAGCCCUCUAGGAGUUCAUGGCUCGGCUCAGAGUCCCAUGCAGAACCUGGGGAUGGGAAUGGACUCUCAGCUCCUUGGAUAUCCAGGGCUGGUGAACAAUAUGAGCGAGGUGCAGAAGGUCCUCCAGAUUGUGGACAAUACUGUGUGCCGACAGAAAAUGGACUGCAAGCCCGAGGAGCUCUCAAAGAUCAAGGCCUUCAUGAAAGAGCUCGGCUCUCAGAUGGAGGAGCAGAAGCAGGGCCUGACACCCCCUGGGGUUCCCCCAACCGGUCUUCCGGUCGUCAGCCACAAUGGUGCCACUAAGAGCAUCAUUGACUAUACAUUGGAGAAGGUGAAUGAAGCCAAAGCUUGCCUGCAGAGCUUGACCACGGACUCAAAGAGACAAAUUAGCAAUAUCAAAAAGGAGAAAUCCAAUCACAUGUUAGAUUUAGGUACGGAGGACAAAACUCAUGAAAAUAAUGUCCUCUUCACGCCUUUUUCCUGCCAGUACUGCAAAGAGACCUUCCCUGGGCCAAUUCCCUUGCACCAGCAUGAGCGAUACCUGUGCAAGAUGAACGAGGAGAUCAAGGCAGUCCUCCAGCCAAACGAAAACCUCACUCCGAACAAGCCAGGCCCAUUUCCGGACAAACACACCUUACUGCUGUCCUCCAUGCUUUCUGAGAAAGGACUGACGAGCCACGUCAACCCCUACAAGGACCACAUGUCAGUGCUCAAGGCAUACUUUGCCAUGAACAUGGAGCCCAACUCCGAGGAGCUGCUCAAGAUCUCCAUUGCAGUGGGCCUUCCUCAGGAAUUUGUGAAGGAAUGGUUCGAGCAGCGGAAGGUCUACCAAUAUGGGGAUCCCAGGACCCCACCUCUGGAGCGGAACAAAAGGGAGGUGGCGCUGGCUGCCACUAACCACACUCCCACUAAAGACCCAAUGGUGGCCCGGUCUCCCGUGUCCCUGGUCAAGCCGGCUGACCGCAUCACAUCACCAGCGGUAGCCGAGCUCCACAACAGCAUCAACAGCUGUGACACUCCCCUCAGGCUUUCAAAAACUGCCCAAUUUGCUGGUGGCAAGCCGACAGGUGAGAAAUUGGACCACUCGCGCAGCAACACUCCUUCGCCUUUGAACCUCUCUUCCACGUCAUCAAAAAACUCCCACAGCAGCUCGUACACUCCAAACAGCUUCACCUCUGAGGACCUUCAGGCUGAGCCAUUGGACCUGUCCUUGCCAAAACUCAUGAAGGAAACUAAAAGUAUUGUGACUGUGAAAAGGCAGCUGAAUCCCAACAGCGUCACCAUCGAGCACAACAACGUGUCCUCCCCACGCAAGCACUUGGAGGAGCCUUUGAACUUGGCAUACUUAAAAAAAGAGUUUGCCAGCUCCAACAACGGCCACCUUGACAAAAGCACUAACCCGAUGUUCAGUAUUAACCCCUUCAGUGCCAAGCCCCUGUACACGUCGAUUCCACCUCAGGGCGCCUUUCCUCCUGCCACUUUCAUGCCCCCGGUUCAGGCCAGCAUCCCAGGCCUGAGACCAUACCCAGGGCUGGAUCCCAUGAGCUUCCUGCCACACAUGACUUACACGUAUGCAACGGGAGCGCCUACUUUUGCCGAAAUGCAACAGAGGAGGAAAUACCAGCGCAAACAAGGUUUCCAAGGGGAGCUGCUUGACGGCACAGCAGAGUACAUGUCAGGCCUGGAUGACAUGACAGACUCUGACUCCUGUCUGUCCCGGAAGAAGAUUAAGAAGACAGAAAGUGGUAUGUACGCGUGUGACUUGUGCGACAAAACAUUCCAGAAGAGCAGUUCCCUCCUAAGACACAAAUAUGAGCACACAGGUAAACGGCCACACCAGUGUCAGAUCUGCAAGAAGGCCUUCAAGCACAAGCACCACCUGAUCGAGCACUCGCGGCUGCACUCGGGCGAGAAGCCCUACCAGUGCGACAAGUGCGGCAAGCGCUUCUCGCACUCGGGCUCCUAUUCGCAACACAUGAACCACCGUUACUCCUACUGCAAGCGGGAGGCCGAGGAGCGCGAGGCGGCAGAGAGGGAGGCGCGUGAGAAGGGCCACCUGGAGGCCACGGAGCUGCUCAUGAACCGGGUGUACCUGCGCGGCAUGAACCCCCAAGGCUACUCCGACACGGACGAGCGAGACGCUGCCACCAGGGAGCGGCAGAAGGAGGCGGACGGGCCGUACGCCAAGAUUGGUCGGCGGGAUGAGGAGUUCGAGGAGGAGGAGGAGAGUGAGAACAAGAGCGUGGACACGGACAGGGACACAUUAAGGGACGAGGAGGAGAACGGCGAGCACUCGAUGGAUGACAGCUCGGUGGACGGGAAAGCAGAGGCCAGAUCCGAUCACGAGGACGGCGUGUAACAAAACUACUGCAUUGAAAACUUCCCCCUAUACAUAUUAUUUUUUGCAUUUGUUUUCUUUUGUUUCUCCUGGUAGCCUUUGCUACCUGCUUUGUUUAACAACACGCUGCUGUGUUACCGUUCGACAUGCACGUGCCUGAGAGAGUCUGGGAACCUCAAGAUGUAAGGGGGGGGGGGGGUAGGGCUGCAAGGCGGGGUGGAGGAGUGGAGAGGCCGCUGAUGAGUAUAUGGCUUUGAAGCCAGUGAAGGAAGGUUGGUUUAGAACACGCAUUAUGCAAAAAACAAAAAAAAACAAAAAAAAGAACAAAAAAAGAUGACAUAGAUGAAAUAUGUUUUUUUUUUAUUGUACAGUAUUAAGGCCUAAACAAAUGUGUGGUGCUAACAUUCUAAAAUCCUGUGUUUCAUAGUAUUUAUAGCACAAACUCUUAACUUGUAUAAAUUGCACUCUGCUCCUGUAAUCACUACACAAUAAUAAGAAUUAUUGCCUAUGUAUAUUUAUACAGUGUUUUAAAAAGCAGCAUAGUGCCUGCACUACUUUUCACCAGUAUUAUUCUGUAUCUAUCACUUGUGUUGUCUACAGGUUUGCCCUGUCGUCAGGCCAACUAACCACACAAUUUUAGGCCUCCGAAUCUCAUCAUGUGAAGGAUCUUUACAGACACCUGGGUAAUAAUUAAGGUAUUAAAGUCUUACGGCGACCCGGAAAACGAAGGAGAGAUAGUAUGAAGACUCAGAGAUGGAAGGAUGGAGUGGGCAGUGAAGGAUAAAAAAGCCUUUGUAAGGUGUUUUUACGAGAGGAAAAAUAAGCCUUAUAUGCAAACCUUUGAAUCUGUGUGUUUCUGCAAGUGCCAUCCUAGUAUUGUGUAAAGUAAGGUGACGCGUGUCGCCUACACACCAGCUUCAGUGUUCAGAAAUAGUCCUUUGAUUCUCAAAUUGUUCCUUGGAGAACCCAUGUCAGUAUUAGAAGACUAGCCAGCAGCUCCUUAGUUUACACACGUUUGUGCAAUUUCCUGUUUUUAUUUUCAUUAACUUUUCUCAGUAUUACACCAAACCUUUUUUUUUUCAACAUCAAAAAAAUUGCAUUCAUUUUUAGGUUUAAAUAACAUUUUAUUUAUGUGGCUCAUUUUAUAUUUCCUAAUUUUAUUUAUUUCAUACUGUAGUGUACAGUAUUAUAGUUCUUCAAUAUAUAGAUAUAUUUUAGUAAAAAGGAACAUGGCGUUGAUCAUCUGGGCAAAUUUUACGUAAAGAGAGCAUUUAUUGUGUUUUAAAACAUUAAUUGUGAUUUGCGAAUUUUCAAUUUUAUUAUUUUUAAUUGUUUUGUUUUCUUUUACUUUCCAGUUACUGGAAAUUCCAAAUUUUGGAACUUUUGAUACAAUAUUGUGAAAACACUGUAUUUUCGACUGAAAAAAAUUCCACUUUCUUCAUCUUGUUUUCUUUUUAGCUAAAAAAAAUGAAGAGGGACUGUUAAAAUACAAUGUAUGAUACAUGAGAGAGGAAAUCUUUCCUGAAAUGUAAAAGUAUUAUUGAAUUUUUAAUUUGUAAUUUCUCUUGGAAAUGACCAUGCUCGAAUAAAAGUAGUCAAAUUAAAAAAAAAUGCAAGAAACAAUUUGUGUUGCGUUGCAUCCUGCUGUGUUAGUAAAAAUGCGAAUUUCAUUUUCUGACAGCUGCGAAAUGAAGGAACUUUGUAUCGUGAUUUACACUUCUAAAAGCUUGGUGUUAUGGUCCGUCACUGCUAAAAAAAUCGAAAUUUCAUGUUUGUUUUUUUUAUCGCAGAAGUAAACCUUUUAAAUAAGUAAAAUAAAAGACUAUAAAAAUGCCUAUGAAUAAAAGUUCAAAUUUGAUAAAGUAAA